UUAUAAAUAAUCAUGUUAGCAUAGAGGUCUAUCUAUUAAUAUCUAACCAAUUCGAUAAAAAAUAGUACCUAUCGUGGCUAUUUCUUAGAAUGAGCACUAUUUUAAUUUUAUUAGUACCACAAAAAAAAAACAUUUAUUUUCUACAAAUCAUUCGUUAAAUUAAAUAUUUAUACGAUUAUAAGACGCUGCACAAAUGAGCGAGGUAGUAAUGCAUGAUUUACAUGUUAUGUUAUGUAUUUAUAAUGUAUAUAUCAAAUAAAUGUAGCAGUAUACUUCAUUAAGUAGGUGCCUACUGCUUUUAAUUUUUUAAUUUCAACUUAGGUUAUUAAAACUCAUUUAAGAGGCCAUCACAGUUCCAUCGUAACGAGUCUCGCCGUGUUUUCAACAAUAAUUCAGUGAUAAGAAUAUGUAAUAUAUAAGUAUUAACUUCAAGAAAUUUCAUUGUUCCAAAGUCCACUUCCUGCACCAUACACGUGCAGGCUGACUGUAAACCAAUACAGUAUAGUAUAUUAUUUAAUACAUUUUAGUGGCAAAUGUACAUAGUAAUAAAUUACCAAAUUGAUCAAAAAUUAAAUUUUAAUGUACAGCGUACAUUUUAUUAAUUGUAAACAUUGGGUGUUUUGAUUUUAGCUACCUAACCUUUAAGUUCAAAUUUAAAAUCCAUAUACUUUUGUAAAGUACUUAUACUUACUAUCCACGCAGUCACUAAAAUAAAAUCCCGUACAGGAUAAGCUAAUAUUAAUAUAAAUAUAAAUUAAUAUAAAUCAGCUAAAUAUUUUAUAAAUGUAAAAAAUAAUUAAUACGUAUAAUUGAAUAAUUAUUAGGGACAUAAUUUUUAAACAUUGAUAUUUUUAUACUAUAUUAGGCCACAAGCGUGUUGUUUAAAAUUACUAAAGCACAUAAUAAGUAUAUUAAUAUUAUUAUUAGGUAUAUAAUAAGUAAUAACACAACUGCAUUAGUUGUUGGAAUGUGUGGGUUUUUUUAAUUUUUUUCUUUUUUCGGACGACGACGUCGCAGCGCCGAUGUAACUGUUGUCUGGACAUGGUGAUAAAAUCGAUUUUCCAGACGUUCAACCCCACCGUGGAAACCGGUCCCGAUCGGAUAAUCAGCCGACACAAGUACGACGACGGUUUCAUGCCCGACUAUCCUGCGCCGGUUAUCGGCCACGACGGCGAGUGGGUCAAGCCGACCGAAGACGACGACGACGACUGGAACGUCCCCACAGCCGAUUACGUGGACAACGGUACCGGCGGCAAGGGCGGUGCCGGUGGUACGAGUGGCAAGGACGGUGCUGGUGGUGCCAGUGGCGAUAGUGGUAAGGGCGGUUCCAGCGGUACGAGUGGUGACGGUGGCGGACAUCGUCGGCUGCAGGGAUACUCCAUCCAGCAACACAAAUGCGACGCGGCCACUGUCGGUGCCGCCGCUGCGGCCAAGCGUCCCGGCCCGACGAUGCGGCACGACGAUUAUCGACCUUUUUCGGAUUUCGUAGUCAGCCUGCUGGAAACGGUUCAGUUGACGCCCCGCGCUCUGCUGAAAAAGUCCAAAAACAAAGCCGGUGGCGGCGGUGAAGCGCGGGAGGCGAAGACGACGACCGAGGAGCCGGAAAUCGGCGGCGACAUCGCGAGAACGUGAUAUGUUAACUCGGAGGUGGACGUGGGUGAGCAUAAUGACACGCGGGACAAACCAUAUAUCGAAAUAUUGUUUUUAUAUAGGCCUUUCUUCGAGUAACAUAAUACUAUAUAUAUAUAUUAUACUCAGGAGUCGUGCCAGUUUACAAAAAAACGAACUAUUUUUCGCUCGCAACUCUCAAAAAGUUUCAAUAUACCUAUAUAUUAGUAAUUUUUAAUUAUAUUUAAUGUUAACAUACAUGCGUAACGCGAUUAACGUGUUCGUAUAACGUACGUUUUAGUUAAGUGUAUUUUAUGGUAGCUUUAUACAUACACAUUUUAUUAUAAGUGAUAUUUUAGUAAAAACAAAAAGAUUAAGUUAAUUUUUUCAAUGUAAUCUUCUUUUGCUGCACGAAAAUAAUAAAGGUGUAGUUGUUUCGGUGCUCUAGCCAAUUACAUUAUAGGUACAACACGAACGAAACUUUAAUUUAUCUAACAUUUUAACAUUGUAUUCAAGUUUAAACUCUGAGAUUUGAACGUACGAGUAUAUACAAAAAAUAUAUAGGUAUUAUGUACAACGGAAAAAAUUAACUUAUCUUUUAAUUUAUUUUUGCGUUUAUUUAUUUAAUUUUCGGCUUGAAGGCCACGGCGAAUAAAGUAUAAUAUGAAUAUUUUAAUAUUUUGAAUGAACUGUAAGUCGUGCUGAUUCGCACGGACUACUGGCGCAUUUACUAUAUUAUAUUAUUUUGUUUAUGUUGAAAAGUUCGAGAGAAAAAACAAUCAACAUCCCGAUGUUUGUUCGAUACGUCAUACUAUAUAAUAUACCACGAUGCACAUUUAAUUUAAGUCAGUAUACUAUUAUUAUAUCUGCACUCUGGUGUAUGUAUAAUAGUUGUCACAUUGUUAUUAUAAUUUCUGGUUUUUUAUAUACUAACCCGGUCUGUGCGAUUAUUUCCUAUUUUAAAUUAUUUACAUUUGUAAUAUUAUAUUUCGUAUACAUUACUAGCUUAUUCAUAUUACUUUACUGUUUGAAAAUAAAACAAUCGAGAAAU